AUGCAGCCCCGCCCGCCAUUGCCUGCUCACGUCGCCCCGCGUCGCACGCGCUCUUCACCCAUGCUUCGCAAGCAGCGCCGCGAAGCGAUGGUGCCCGUCUUCCCCCCGACUCUCGACCCGGACUUCAUCACUAGACUCGACAUCAAACACACUGACCUCAGUCGGCGCUCGUCUGAGGCCACCAUUGAAUUGUCACCUCGAUCAUCCUCGCGCUCUAGCUGUGCUCUGAGCGCCGAGAUGCUUGAUGACUGCUCAUUUGAAAUUGUCGUGGAGCCGCCCAGUCCAACAGUUUCUUGCGCCCCCUCGUCAUCCACCUCUUCAUUCGGCUCUUCAACACACGUACCAGCGCCAUCUGUACGCCGGCGUAAACGGGCGAAGGCCAUUGUCGCUGGCGCCCUUGAUACGAUGUUCUUCCGCUGGUGCGGUGCAUCCCAUUCCGUACGGCAUGCAGAAGAAAACCUCUCAUUCGACCUGUGCACUUGA